CUGGCCGCCUCUCUCCUCUAGCCUCCUCUCUUUCUCGCCCGCCUCUUUCAGUGUUCGUUCGAGCGCGGCCCGGUGCGGUUCUGCUUACCCCGGUGAUGUCAGAGGGUCCGCUUCGUGAUGGGAGCUCGCUGCCGCGGUAAUAUCGGUGGCUUCCAUCGGUAGCCGAUUCCCCGACGCCGAUACCGCCACCCUAAAGUGUUGUCGUCCGCACACGGCUCGUCAGCUCCUCGUCUUCCUCCUCCGGGGGGAGGUGAAAGUUAGUGGGCGUGCUAGAGGAGGAGAGGAGGAGGAGGAGGAAGGGGGUGCCAAGCAAGGGCGGGAGUGCGUGAGUGCAGGGGAGGCCAGGGCAGUGACACGCAGAUACGAAAAUACUCCAAGGCCAAUCUCACGGGGAAAACGAUGUCGGAGACUUGAACGGGGAAAACGGAGCCGGUCAGUGUGAGGUGGAGAGGUCUAGAAAAACGAGAUCGCGCGCGGCGCGCUUGAUCGCGGUAGACAGGUCGCUGUUGUUCCCCCCGGGGGGGAGAGAGAGAGAGGAGGGGGUUGAGGAGAGAAGUUCCGAAACGUCAUCGCCCUAUCUGUCGGCGAAAACAAACGCGGCUGUACCGCGCGCCCGGAAAAGAUCACAGGAAUAUCGGAUUUCUUCUCGGUCAGAAAGGGGGGUGAAUGAGAGAGAAAAUAGUCUUCGUGCUCUCCGAUUCCUCUCCUUCUCUUCGGCGGGAGAAGGACCUUUACGAGUUUUUCAUCCCUUCCGGAAGCGAGUUGACGUAACGCCGUCGGGGAGGAUCGCGCGCCUGUCGGUCUGGAUGAGGAACGGGGCUUUACUCUGAACCCCCUCUGAGAGACCGCGUCGCAAGGUUCAACAGCCGCAAUUUCCUUUCGAACACCCUUGACAACCAUGACUGGGAACUACUCGGUGCGCUGCGAGCCGGGCCUAGUGAUACCGCUCUGGCGUCCGGACACAAACCUGCACCUCACCGACAUCAUCUUCCGGGGUCUGGUGUACUUCUUCCUGCUGCUGUACCUGUUCAUCGGGGUGUCGAUCAUCAGCGAUCGGUUCAUGGCUGCCAUCGAGGUGAUCACGUCCAAGGAGAAGGAGCUGGUGGUGCGCCGUCACGGUCGGGAGCCGCAGAUCAUCAUCGUGCGUGUGUGGAACGAGACGGUGGCCAAUCUGACCCUGAUGGCGCUCGGUAGUAGCGCGCCCGAGAUCCUGCUGUCCAUCAUCGAGAUCUGGGCGAAGAACUUUCAGGCGGGCGAGCUGGGCCCGGGCACGAUCGUCGGCUCCGCCGCCUACAAUCUCUUCGUCAUCAUAUCCCUGUGCGUGUUCGUGAUACCCAACGGCGAGACCCGGAAGAUAAAGCAUCUGCGCGUCUUCUUCGUCACCGCCACCUGGAGCAUCUUCGCCUACGUGUGGCUCUACGUUAUCCUGGCGGUUUCCAGCCCCGGCGUCCUCGAGGUCUGGGAGGGCAUCCUGACCUUCUCCUUCUUCCCGGCGACGGUACUGACGGCUUACGUCGCCGAUCGGCGGCUGCUGAUCUACAAGUAUCUGCACAAGGGCUACCGGAUGAACAAGCGGGGUGUAAUCGUGCAGGCGGAGGCCGGGGAUUCCGACUUGGGGGUGGAGCUGGAGAUCAAACCGCAGCAGGACGGUCUUGGUUGCAUGGUGGACCGCCUGGCCGACGCCGACUCCCCCGAGGCGCGGGAAUUCGAACAGACUCGCCGGGAUUACAUCAAUACGUUGAAGGAAUUGCGUAAAAAGUACCCGACUCUGCCCCUGGAGCAACUGGAGGUGAUGGCCCACGAGGAGGUGCUGGGCAAGGGCCCGAAGAGCCGGGCCUUCUACAGGGUGCAGGCUACGAGGAAGAUGGUAGGCGCGGGCAACCUCAGCAGGAAGAUCAGCGAAAGGGCGCAGAGCGACCUCAGCGAGGUCAAGGCCGAGCUGCAGAAAGCCGAGGCGGAGAGCAUUGAUAUCGAGCAAGUCAACGCGAUGAGAGUAUUUUUCGAUCCCGGUCAUUACACCGUGAUGGAGAACGUUGGUACCUUCGAGGUGGGCGUAUCCAGGGCUGGAGGUGAUCUCAACAGACCCUGCACCGUGGAUUACUGCACGGAAGAUGGUUCCGCUGAGGCGGGAUCUGAUUACGUGAGUGCCAAGGGCACCCUGGUUUUUGAGCCUGGCGAGACCAUGAAGACGAUCAAGCUCUCAGUUAUCGAUGAUGAAUUGUUCGAGGAGGACGAACACUUUUAUGUCAGGCUCAGUAACGUGUCGCAGCCAGCAAUGCUCGUCUCGCCGAGCCUGGCGACGGUAAUGAUCCUGGAUGACGAUCACAGCGGUAUUUUUGGGUUCCCCGAGAGAGAUGUAGAGCUGGUGGAGAGCGUGGGUCAGUAUCCUCUGCGAGUUGUACGCUACAGUGGGGCUCGGGGUCGCGUCGUUAUACCUUACCGUACUGUGGAGGGCACUGCGAAACCCGGCAAGCAAUACACGCACAGCGAGGGCAGCCUGACUUUCGAGGAUAAUCAGACAGAAAAAAUUCUCUCCCUGGAAAUAAUCGAGGAGGAUUCCUACGAGAAGGACGCCCUUUUCUACGUCGAAUUGGGCGAACCAUUGCUGCAAGGAGCGGAAGCAGGAAUCGCAGCCGCGGCCGAGAUGAAGCAGCCGGAGGAGAGAACGGAGGAGGAGAAAAUGGCACUGCUGGGCAGACCGCGCCUGGGCGAGGUGUCCCGAGCGCAGAUUAGGAUUAAAGAAUCCAAGGAGUUCAAGAACACCGUGGAUAAGCUAGUCCAGCGAGCAAACGCCUCCAUAAUACUCGGUACAAGUUCUUGGAAAGAACAAUUCACGGAAGCGCUGACUGUCAGUGGGGGUGAUGAGGACGACGGAGAGGGUGGAAGCGGUCAACCUUCCAGACCAUCCGCGAUGGAUUAUCUUAUGCAUUCGGUUACCAUCUUUUGGAAGAUUCUCUUUGCAUUCGUUCCGCCUACAGAUAUCGCCGGUGGUUACUUGUGCUUCAUCGUCAGCAUUUUGGGGAUCGGCGUUGUCACGGCGGUGAUCGGCGACGUCGCCUCGUAUUUCGGUUGCACUUUGGGUAUCAAGGAUUCUGUCACCGCGAUCGUUUUCGUCGCCCUCGGCACCAGCAUUCCCGACACGUUCGCGAGCAAAGUGGCCGCUUGCCAGGACAAGUACGCCGACGCGAGUGUGGGCAAUGUGACCGGAAGCAACGCGGUAAACGUCUUCCUGGGAAUCGGCGUCGCGUGGAGCAUCGCCGCCAUCUACCGCGCCUGCCACAGCGAACCGUUCCUCGUCGAACCCGGCAACCUGGCCUUCUCCGUCACCCUGUUCUGCAGCGAGGCUUGUUUCGUGAUCGUGGUGCUGCUGGCGAGACGGACGAAGUCGAUCGGCGGCGAAUUGGGCGGACCUUUUAUACCGAAGAUCAUCACGUCCGGGUUCCUGUUCUCCCUCUGGCUGCUCUACCUCAUCAUGUCCACCCUUGAGGCCUACGGCGUGAUCCAGGGUUUCUAAACCAAGGCCAAUGUGACGCCAUUACGUCGGCCUAUCCGCUGCAUAUAUAUAUCUUACAGCUCUGGCUCUAGUCCGCCAAGGCACGUGCUCAACGAAACUGUUAACCGGACACAGAAGCGGGGUAUCGGGACGAUACAAUUUCGCCAAGAACGAACUAUAGUUGUGCCGGGAAAAAACUCACUUAUAAGUUCAUCCUCUGAGACGAUUAACAACGAACAUGUCGCGUGACGUACUAAAUGGAUAUAUGUGUAUGUAUGUGUAUGCAUGUAUAGGGUAUAUCUGAAACGCGAGAGUGCCUGUGCGAGUGUGUGUCCGAUAAUGAGAAGAAACCGAAUCGAUUGGAGGGAACGACGAGCGAAGAAGAAGAAGAAGAAGAUGGGCGAAAAAUAAGGAAAAGAAAACCGAGAACUGAGAAGAGAAAAGUGCGCGCUCGAGAAAAAGUGUGAGCUUGCCUUAAAAUAUAAUUUGAAGGGAGAAAGAGGUAAAAAAAAGAAAAAGAAAAACGUGCGUUCUAGUCAUAUUCCCCGCAACACACACGAAAAAAAAAAAAAAAAAGGAAAAUUGGCUGCUGUGAGAGAAAACCGAAGAGAAAAAGAAAACAGAGAAGAAGAAGAAGAAGAAAAGCGUAGCUAGAUAGCGUACGUAUGUACUGAUCGGAUCGCGAGUACACACACACACACCCACACAUACACACACACACACACCCACACUCACACACUCACAUGACAGGUGUGUACACACGUGUGUAUUUAUUUAAUUCUAAGGAGACACACACAGGUUUUCUUCCACGCUGUGGAUUACCUGAAUUGUUAGUAGCGGUUUGUGCGCGCGUAUGCAUCGCGUGGCGAUUCUUCCCUUCCUCCGCCGAGGAGAAGAAAAGAGCCGCAACGCGUCGGUAAUUUUAUAUGUACAAUGUAACACGCGUACACACGUUACAAGGGAAACGAACACGUUACUUUUAUCCGAAGGGGGGAAAAACCUUUGAUGUCGGAUCGAUUGAUGUCGCGUGGGGAAAUUGUCGCGGGUAUAUAAGGAGAGAAGAGCGCGCGGGCAAACAGCACCGCGAGCAGAAAAAAUGUUGCGACGUGCCACCAGCUAGUCCAGUGACCUUCGUUCAUUGCCACUUUUACAAAGCUUUAGAAAUUUGUUUACCUGAUAUUAUAUACCGGAGACGAGAUGAUGAAAAUUAGAGUUCGCUAGGCAUACGUUCUUUCCUUAAUCUCCUCGGCGUAACGAUAUAUUUUAAUAUGUAUUAGAUUUUACUACAUACGAUUUUCAACGAAAAGCCAGAGAAAGAGAAAGAAAGAGAGAGAGAGAGAGA